CAUCUUAAUUCGUGGCGGGGCUGGGCGUCAGAAAAGUGCGUGAUAAUGCAUUGGUGAUCGUUAAGCAUGUCAAUGGAUCCUGGAUCAAUAAUCACCCAGGUCAGCAGAGAAGAGGACCGUCUACAUGUUCAACCAGAUAAUGGUCAGCCGCCGGACGCCCGGGUGAGCAAGCCGCGCAGCCUGCUGCGCUCGCUGCUGUGCUGCCUGGGCCGCGGCCAUGGCUCCCGCUCGCCGUCGCCGACGCCCGUGCCGGAGGAGAACGGCCACCUGGCGGCCAGCGGGCCGCCGGCGCAGGGCUUCCUGCUGCCGCCCGUCCGCCACCAGGACAUGGGCAAGGUCUGCCUGGUGGUGGACCUCGACGAGACGCUCGUCCACAGCUCGUUCAAGCCCAUAAACAACGCCGACUUCAUCGUGCCGGUGGAGAUCGACGGCACCGUCCACCAGGUGUACGUGCUGAAGCGGCCGCACGUAGACGACUUCCUGCAGAAGGUGGGCGACAUGUUCGAGUGUGUCCUCUUCACCGCCAGCCUAGCCAAGUACGCUGACCCGGUGGCCGACCUGCUGGACAAGUGGGGCGUGUUCCGGGCGCGGCUGUUCCGCGAGUCGUGCGUGUUCUACCGCGGCAACUACGUCAAGGACCUGGAGCGGCUGGGCCGCGACCUGCGCCGGGUGGUCAUCGUCGACAACUCGCCCGCCUCCUACAUCUUCCACCCGGAGAACGCGGUGGCGUGCAAGUCGUGGUUCGACGACAUGAGCGACACGGAGCUGCUGGACCGGCUGCCGCUACUCGAGGCGCUCAGCCGGGUGGACGACGUGUACACGGUGCUGGGCCGGGAGGAACCGGGCGCGCCGCCCACUGACGCGCCGCCGCCGCCCGGUCAGCCCUCCUAGUCGGUCGCCGCCGCCGCCACCGC